CGUUUCAAAUAGCGCUAACAACCCUUCGCUUGUGAGUACUAGAAACAGAAGUCGUAUUUUACACGUUACCGUGCUUCCCUUGCUUAGAAUAUCGCUAAGAACGGUUUUGUCGUUAUACCUUGCUCUUGGUGCGUGUCGUAAGGCCUCGUCUGUAAAAUGAUCACACGCACAAAGCGUUAUAAGGCCUAUGUUUGUCAAGGUCGUUCUUGCAAUAGCUCUGGCAUCCCGCUUUCUUCCUGAGCAACGUUGUAUUAAAGAUGCUAAACAUCGUGCCAAACUUGAGCUAGAUAAAUCCCAACGCCGUCUAGAAGAGGCCUAGCGUGAGUUGUCCGAAAAGCUUACGCGGCUCCGGCAUCUUCGUCAGCAGAAGGAGUUUUUAGUAGAGAAAGGUGCCGAUAUGGUGGCGUAUAGUCUAUCGACCUUAGACGAGUUAGAGGAGAUUAAGUAGUAAGAGACGCCUACUAUGCCCUCGUCACAGAUUAAUGAUACCGUCAAUGCUGUCGACUGGGGCGCCGUCUUUGGUUCUGUCCCGGGUUUUCCUUUGGUCGAUCCGGGUUCUGCCGGUAGAACUGUUCUAGUUUCUUAGGGCAGUUCAAAUUCUUGACUGGUUCCUAUGAGUUGUCUUCUAGUCCGAAAUUAAGCCAUUUGACCAGGU